GUAGCGUAAUAUUAAACGGACCAAUCAAAAACGAGCGUAGACUCGCGUCACCGGAAGCCGGAACAAUGCAGCUCCCAACUUCUCAUGUCUCGCUUGAUAUUGACUGGAUGUAAGACCCUUCCAAAGAUAUUUCUGUUGCAAAGCUUCAGAAGCGUUUGGACCAGGUCCAUCCUUCAAAUCGCAUCCUGUAAUUUCUGCUUCAUCCUCCCCCGCUAUUAUUCCUCAUUCCGCCCCAGCCCGAUGGAGCUAAAGGACGUUCUAAAGGUUUUGGAGGAUCUCGCACCUCUCUCGCUGGCUGAGCCAUGGGACAACGUGGGCCUCUUGGUGGAGCCAAGCGAGCCGCGGCCCAUCAAAACCGUCCUGCUGACCAACGAUCUCACAGAGGCAGUCAUGGAUGAAGCCCGGGCCGAAGGCUGCGAUCUCAUCAUCUCCUACCAUCCUCCGCUCUUUCGCCCAAUCAAACGUCUGGUCCAGAACGACUGGAAGCAGCGAUUGGCUAUCAGAGCCGUGGAGGCCAGCAUUGCGGUCUUCUCGCCUCACACGUCUUGGGACAACGUUGGUGGAGGAGUCAACGACUGGCUGGUCGGAGGACUUGGUGGCGGUCGGGUGUCUGUACUGACUCAGGCCUAUGUGGAUUUGCCUUUCAGUCACAUAGUGGAAUUCCAAUGCAAAAAUGACAUAUCGGAUGCACUCUUGUGCGAACUGAAGGCUUUGGAAGGAGUGCUAGUACAAGACCCUCUCAGCUGUGACGCCACCAAGACUCAAGUCAGCCUAUACUGCAGUGGUUCCGCACUGGCUCCGGUGGUUGAUAAAGUGACGCAAUACAUCAUCGCCGUCGACAGGUCCCUCCGCAUUCUUAAGGCAGAAAAGCCUCCUCGGCUGGGCCAUGGUCAGGGGCGACGCAGUGUUUUGGAUGAGCCGGUAACCGUGGCAACAGCCGUGAAGAAAAUGAAGUCCCACUUGGGAUUGAGACACCUACGUUUGGCCCUCGGACAGGGAUGCACGCAAGAAUCCUUUGUGCGGACUGUGGCUGCGUGUGCGGGCUCGGGAGCCUCGGUACUCAGCGGCGUCCAAGCAGAUCUCUAUGUCACCGGUGAGAUGUCUCACCAUGAGGUGCUGGAUGCCGUUGCCAAGGGAACCAGCGUCAUCCUCAGUGACCACAGCAACAGCGAGCGCGGCUAUCUCUCUGUGUUCCGCCAGAAACUGACUGAAAAGGUUCCUGCCGAUGUCAUCGUGAUGGUCUCCAAGGCUGACAGGGACCCCCUGGAGGUUGUGUGAUAAGUAUAAUUCCUGUGAACCCCAACCCUGCCCAGAAUAGCCAAAUUCCUCCCAUAAAUUACACCCGCACUAAAAAGGACUUUGUAAUGGGCUAUAGAUUCCACAAGAUGGCACCAAAGUUCUUUGGAACCGGAUUGCACCAAAGCACUAGUGUCAGCGCAGUUCCUUGCCACCCAAGAUGGAAUAGAAUGUCACCAAAGCACUAUAGUUGUCAAAAUCAAGUCACUCAAUUCCUGCCAAGACUGAUUCUUUGCUCCAAAUGCCAUAACAUGACAUCAAAGUAAUGCUAAUAUUGCAGAAAUUUCCACACAAAAUGUGUGAAAGUGUACCUCUUGUCAGAUUUCUCGAGGCAACCUUGUCGCCUGUCAGUUUUUGUGCUUUUUAAAACACCUGCCAAGGAACUAUGCAGAAGUGAGGGAGGAGUUUUAUUUACAUCAGUACUCUUUAUGCACCAUCUAGGUCUUAUCAAACCCCAAUCGAAGACAAAAAGGAGCACCAACUUGGUUGCAAGGAACUAUGUUGACAUGAGGGGAGGAGCUUCCAUCAGUGUUUUGGCUUGUAGGACUUGAUCCAUAUUUGCAAAGGGUUGCUGUCAUUAAAUGUAUUGCACAAAACAAUGA